AUGUCGGUCCUCGCUUCCAUCUGUCGCCACCCGCUCGGCGGUACCUCCGUCGUCUCAUCUGGCACCGACUUUGUCGACGUCACCAACCCAUACUGCAGGCCAUGCAUUCUGCGCCGUAGAGAUGAGGCAGCCUAUCGACAGCUCAACGACUUCACCAGAAGAGGCGAACGUUCGCCAGAUUGGCAGAGCGCGAAGAGCCGGUACGCGAGAGCGCACAUCGACUAUUUGCAGGACUGCCAGCAACGCGAGGAAGAAGCGCAAUUGUACACAGAGCAGCAGAGAAUGGCUACGAUUCGAGGCCAAAAGUUUUCUGCGGAUCUCUGGUUAGAUAAGCUGUCAAACUUCAACGCGCCAAUGGAGCAGCAGAGUCGGCAAGACAGCGUCCAACAGAAUGCGCCUGUCGAUCUUGCUUCGAGUCUCUCUCCAGCCACCAGCAAUCCGACGGAGAAGCACAAGAUCCAUACUUCGGGGCAGCAAGCCGCCGCCUCUGUCAUCCGCUCUUGCAUGAAGUCCGGCAAACAAGACCAAGACGCGAUCACGAGCAGCUCCGCUGGCCGUCGCGUGAGCUUCGCAGACCAAGCCCGUGUGCAUAGCAGAAGCAGCAUAGACCAGACCGGAGCGGACGCCCUGGCUGCAGCCACCCAAACAGACGCCAUCGAGGAAUCUGUGGGCUCCAUGACCCUUACCCCCGAGGACCAGAUUCGCCCCUCUAUCUCAUCUUUCCAGCGCCAAGCGGGGAAGUCUUACAUCCCUGGCCGUUGGUGAGUAUGAGGACCAGAGCCUCCAUUGCAUAAGACAUUUCUCGAGUGCGACGCUAAUACUAGUCGUGAAAUUUGCAGGGCCGCAGCAGACGGAACCGAGUACUGGGAUACGAGCAAGCUCCGUGAAAAGGUAAGCAAUGAGCAAAGCAGACAGCAAGCAGCUGCACAGCAGCAGCAGCAGCAGCAGCCGGUGGACGAGAAGGAUGCCGCGGAGAGGAGAGAGCAGGCCCUCGCCCUGGAACCUGAGGACCCAGAUUGUGCCGCUAUGGAGAAUCGUGAAAUCGACGAGAGGUUGAGGACCUUGCAGGCGCAAUUGGACGCGUUUGACGAGAGCCCCUCUGAAGAAACUUGA